AGUGUCGGACCCAGAAUUUUACACACCCCCAAACGAUGCCGCUUGUGCAUUCAUGACGCAGGAAUGGGCGUCACGACCCGAUCACCACAUGCGUCGAGGCUGGCUCGCUGGAUGGCUAGCUUGCUACUACUACUGCAGCUGCUGCGGCGUUACGACCACUCCUCCUCCUGCCCUUGGAAUUGCUGCUGGCCCCCCUCCCUCACUCUUUUCCCACCCCUCCUGGGAUUUCUGGAGUGGUGCCCUUUGUGUUCGCUAUUUCUAUCAGCAUCUGCGUUUCUCCCCUUGCGUUCGUGCUCGCCACGGCGACAGACCACAGCGCUCAUGACGUUACUAAGAUGCAGCAGCGGUGGCGUGGAGGUGGAUCUUUGUGCUGUGGCCAUGGUCUUGUUUGCUGCAGGAUUAGACAUUCACGGAAUGAGAGGUCAGAGGAGCAGUAGUGACGUGGAAGAAAUGGGGAGCAGGAGGUAGCAGACGGUGGGAAUUGGGGUUUUUUUUUCGCCUGUGGCGAUGCUCAAGCGCUGCACUCUAUCGGAUGCUGGAGAAUGUGAUAGAGAUACGCAGAAUGGCCUUUUCAGAACGAGAAGAAUCAGUGCCUGCCAACAAAGUCGUGAGGAAUGUGCAACCUCUCAGGGAUUUGUUUGCCGCAGAGAUGGCAAGCUCUUGCGUUCCAAGAAAGGAGAUGGCGAAUGGCUUGGCUGUUCAUGCCGGACCAUUAUGGGGUCCCACUGCAGGGAACCUUGAAAACCUCGCCAGUGAUACCAACAGAGAAGACGCGAAGUCAGUGAAAAACGAGUCCCAGGAGCUGCGAUUUUUGUUCGCGAAGGACUGGUCAAUGCAGAAUUCUGACGAUGAAGACGACUUUUGGGCUUCAGGGUCAUUGUGCGGAGCUGUGAUGACGCCAAGAAGGCGUACGAGACCCUUGAAGAGCGACAAAAAACCUCCCAGUUCUUCAAAUCAUUCACCCAGACAGUCGACGAAGAUGGAAUCAAGCAGAAUCAACUCUCCAUCAUCGUUGAAAACUUCGUAUUUAGCAAGUCGAUCCGGCGUAAUGCAGCAGCCCAGUGAACUGAGCCCUGGAUGUCUGUUCUCAAGAUUGACUGAAGAGCUGAGGGUUGGAUGUGGUGGAGCGAAACCCUCUCUGGGGACGUUGCUUGCUGCGGAAGUAGCAAUAGGUCGAGAUCAGAGGAGCGCGGACCGACGGGAAGGAAAUAUUGGGUUCGAAGGUUUCUCUUUCGAACGGGAUGCCGCUGUACGCAGCGGUGAGAGUAGCAGACGCGUCAAAAUCGGGUCCUUGUGUGAUGUCUCUGCUCCAGUGCACCCUGAGUCCCACACUCGAUUGAAAUAUCUGAUUGCGGAGUUUCUUACUUCAGGCACUAAUCCCGUGGUGGAGGAUGGCGUGUCUGAAAUGCACGAGAUUCAAAGACCGGUCAGGCAUGAACUUGACACGAUUGUCAAUACUUCGGCAAGAGAGGAUGGCCUGUGUUGCACUUCCGAGAGGUCGCAAUCCGGUACAAACCUGGAUGAAGAAGUUGAAACCCUCUUGAGCCCUACUUUUUCUCUAGACGAAUCUACGGAUGCCGAUGUGAAUUCGUCAACUCAAUCAACAGCGAAUGUGCCGAAUUUUCUCCCGAAUCCUCCAACUCCUGGAGUUUUUCUGGAAGUUCAGCAUUCCUCACGGGUCGAACCUCUCUUGACCAUUGUAAAUGCUCUCAACGCGGUGUCGGAUGCGGGUCUUAUAGAGGAAUCCGUAUUCAACAACGUGGAUGAUCUUGCACAGAGUAAUGCCGAUGGAGAGGAGGCUGAAGCACCACGAGUUCAAUUGGAGACUCUUUUAGAGCAGGCAAGGGGUGAGCAUGGCUGGUUGCCAUUAGGCCGAAGCCGAAUGGGCUCUCCUUCUCUGGUUGAAAGCCCGUCGUUAAGUUGUAGUAGCUCAAGAAUUAGUGUGCUUGGGAUGUCAUCUGGACCCCCUGAUGAUAAUUGCCAGGUUUCUCUUAGGGGAGUGGCAUCACGUCCCUCACAUGCUGUUGUGGAUGAUCCUUCCAAUCGUGAAGUUUUGAGAGAAGAACUUUUACCCAGCUCAGACAUAGUUGAACGACCUGAAAUUCAACAAUCAUCAGAUCCCGCAGCAGGGACAGAGACUCCUCUUGUAGAUGCUGCGAGAGAAGCUGAGAUCUUGACACCAGCAACAGAACAGCCCCCAAGGCGUGUGUCAUUGUUAUCUUUGUUGAACCAGGACAUGGAAAAUGUCGAGAAUGAGCUUGAAGCGGAGAAGGGAGUCGAUGAACAAGAUGAUCAUGUAACGGAGCAGCUGGAUCCCUUGUGCUGCGUGUGUAUGGUUGGCCACAAAGGUGCAGCAUUUAUUCCAUGUGGACAUACCUUUUGUCGAAGAUGUUGCCGGGAAGUGCGCAGAAGUAAAGGGUCCUGUCCUCUCUGCAACAAAGCCAUCAUCGAUGUCCUCAAUAUAUAUUAAGGCAGCAUUUGAGCUUCAUUACAUAGUAAAUUCGGUUGCAAUCACGGAAAGCAUUGUGACCAAUUUCUGGAUCAGCCUCAACACAAUGCGUCUAAUUUCACUUGUACAUGCUCCACGCACCUGUAUACCCACGUGUGGGUCAAUUGCAAUUUAACGCAGGAUGAGAUGUGUCAUGUUCUCCUCAGCCCCUUCAA